AAAAGAUUCUUUCACCUAGUGAUAAACAGGACAAUGUAACCCAAGCUCUAUUCGACUAUAUGAUAGAAGAAGCUGAAGCACCAGUUGCUUCAACAUCUGGGACUUCCAAAACUUCUAAGAUGUCUAACCUACCUGAGCCAAAAAUUGAUGACAAGCUUCCCAAACCUAUUGAGCCUAUAAGUGGAGUGGUGUCUGAUACGCCUCCUAAAGAAGCUGAUUCUCUCAAGCCUAUCAACAAAAGCUAA